AUGCGUCGUGUUGGGUUGCCUUCGAUUGCUGCUCUUGUUGUGGCCAAGAGCCGUCUGUCGCUGACACCCAUGCGGACGAUCUACACGACGUGGGGUGAAAUCGCCUGUGAGGAUUGGGCAAAGAAGGAGGGCUGGCUGAAACGCCUCACCUCACAAUCUACGUAUCGCAGUUUUGAGUUCUGGCACGUCCCGGAGGCGGAAACCCCGCCAGAGCUGAAGCUGAGCGCGGUGGAGCUCUACCUACUCAGCUGUAUCGAGGACGACACCGCGCGGUUGCUUCAGGUUAGCUGGGGAUAUGAUUUCGAUCCGUUCUGGCAGGACCGUGUCCAGUCCCAUGAGUCGCUUUUUAACGCCCUCUACAACAAGGAAAAAUCCUUCUUCUACAAGUUCAUAAUCGGUGACCAUGCGCAUCACAAAAAGGGAAGAUUUUACAUUGAGAAAAAACUGAACUACCUGAAAGAUGUUCUGCAUUGGGCGUCCGUGACGGAGCGCCAUUAUACGGCGCUUGCAAAGGUUCGUUUUCACAUCCAACGGGCUGUGUGGAAUGCGCUGGAGAGGGAACGGUAUUUGUGCGCAUGUGUGGCGGCUGUAGAGUCGCUUCAAAAGCAGAUACCCGAGGAGUUUCGAGAAAAGGCGAUGAGUGAGUUGAAGGUUACCCUUGUAAAUGUGCGUCAUUGGGUGAGUGACUGUCCUAAUAGCAAGCGCACCUUUACCCGUCAGGUUCCUUAG